AAUGCACGGAUUAGAGUGGGGAUUGUAUUUCACAAUAUCUGUGGGGCAAUGAAAAUGGCGCGCAGUGCUCUCCCCACACGCUUAUAUCUAGGGUUUCAGUUUUCAAAAUCAAACUGAACUUAAUUUUCCUUGAGUGAUAUUGGCGCGAAGAACCCACUCCCGACUAUACUCUGGUUCAAUUUUGUCGACGACAGCGUUUAAGUGCCAGUAGCUACAGAUGGCUUGGUGGGAAGGCGUCGAUGAAACUCGAGUUCUUAUCGCGCAAGGUUUUUUUUUGCCCUUUCUUCUUUUAAUGUCUUUGAACAUAUUUUUUUCUUAAUAGUACAUUUUAUUAACUUGUUAAAUAAUCAAGGUCCUAGUUAAUUAUCUUAGAAACUUGCUUAAGUGUAUGUUUGCAAAUCCUUCUACGAUUGGGAAGCAUCAGGGUUCAUUUUUAUCACUGCCGCAUCCUAGAACAGGAAAUAAAGCGUGCUACCUCUGUGUUGAUGGAGUUCUUCAAGAGCUUCACUGGUUUAAGCAAUCUAAUGGAUCUUGGUUCAUUGGGGAUUAUGUUUGUGAAGAUGGCCGCUUGUAUACUGCAACUCCCAUUGAUCCCAUUUUUAUUCUGUUGCGCGUCUUUGAGGAAGCUCGAAUGAAGAAAGGAAAUGAACCGGGGAAGUUUAGGCAACUUGAUGAGAUUAUGUAUAUUCAAGGGUUCCCUGGAUAUCAAUCUCUGUCAUCUGUGGCAGAGAAGGCUAUGGCAGUUGUUUGUGAUCUCAAAGAAGUUGGGUCAAGCAAGUUUUUCAGGAUCGAUGACAUGAAGGUAUUGAAGUGGUUAUGUUAUAAGGUGCAACAACUGAAACAAACACUACAGACAUUGGAUAAGAAUUAUGCUGCCCGAGAUGAGAAAGAUACAUUGUUUGACGCAGUGUCAAUCAUGCGGGAGUACUUGAAGGAUGAGCCUUGGAUAAAUCUUCUUUGCAACAAACUAAGUACUGUAUUUCUUUUAGAUCGCCACUUUUCUCAGCCAAGAAAAACUGCAAGCUUGAAUUCUUGAAUAUUUAUGAAUAUAAAAACUAACACAAGUUAAAUACACGGAUCCAUGCUCUUAAGUUUUUGUCUACACCUUUAAAUUCCCAGUGCUCCUUUUUCAGAUUAAAUAUAGAUGACUUAACAAAGGCACAAGAUGUUGCAGUGCUUCCACCUUCCACAGGAAAUGAUCUCGGGUCAUUUGCUCUGGCACAGGAGACUAGCGUAACGGGGAAAAAUGCAUCACGGACCACAAGGCAACAAGCUAAGAAGGCAAAAGUGGUGAAAGAUUCCCAAAACAUUAAGGACAUGUUCAGCAGGGCUACUAGAAAGAGAGGGUAAAACAGGCUUUUCUUUAGCAUGAACACAUUCAUGUUAUGUUAUACAAUGUGAUAUUUCUGCAUUUCGAUAUUUUUCUAAUUAAAUCCCGAGCAAAUUCCUUCUC